GUCCGACGUUCGUGUCUCUCUUUGUUCCGGUCGGUCGAUCGAGAUCGAGCGAUCGGGAGAGUGGGAAGGAGAAGGAUGGGCGGCGGCGGCGGCGGUCAUGGUGAGAGCACGACGUACAAGGGUUUCACCAUUCACCACCCCAAGCGGUGGCACGUCGUUACCGGAAAGAGCCUCUGCGCCAUCAUGUGGUUUUGGGUUCUUUACAGGGCUAAGCAAGAUGGUCCAGUAGUUUUGGGUUGGCGUCAUCCUUGGGAAGGACAUGGUGACCACUCUCACGAACAUGGGCAUGAAAAUGAGGUAUUGUAGUCCUACUAGCACCUUGAAUCAUCUGGUGUUUCGAUUUUACCUGGAUGUGCCAUGUUUGUGGUUUUCAGGACAUCCCCACUUGAUGCCUUUUACUUGCUUGACGUAAUUACAUGUUAGCAUAAUAGUUUUCAUAAAUACAUCAAGCGUAUGAUAGUUCUACAGCAAAUCCUUUAGAAACAUGAUUGUGGCCCACCUCUCACCAUCUUUUAUGCAUUUGAAUAAUGUCAAGGCUGUAAUGCAAGAAAACAAGAUGGCAUAUCAGGAUGAGGCUUAGGAUUGGAUGUGGAGAGUUAGGAUUAGGUGUUACAAAACUAAUGGAUAUUUGAUCAACCUAAGUGAUAUAAUAGUACUUCGAUUAUCUUUUGCUAUUCAGUUUAGUUUAAUUCAGUCUCAUCUCUUUGAUCAACAAAUCUGGAAAAAUGCAUGGCAGUAA